AUGUGGAGGUUCGCGUGGAAGCACGUCCCAGCACUCCAUUUUCGUAGUGAUUCCUUUGAGCAGCAUUCGAGCUUCCAAGAGGUAUGUGGAGAAAGUUUUAUCUCUCCGCCAUCCCUUUAA